GAACCACAGGCAUCAGCAUAGUAAAGUUAAGAUUCAACCUUGUGGUGCUCAGUUUUAGGAUUCAGGUUCUUGGAAUAUAUUGUCUAAAAUUAGGAACUGCCUAUAAGUCACUAAGUUUUUACUUGUACUUUCUAUCAGUGACUUUUUUUUCUUCUGUUUUUGGCAGCCUUCACGAUAAGCACAGAAGAAUCUGUGCCAGCCCACACAAUCCUAUCAUUAAGCAGUGGAUGAAAAAACAAGCAGCCAAGAAAAAUGUUAAAGGCAACAUUUGCCAUAAGAAGAAACUUAAGAGGAACAGUAAAAGAGCACAUCGGAGGAAACAAAAAAUUCAUGGUGAUAAAACUCCUUAUUAGAGAGUGUGCAAAUGAACCUAUAAAGACGAUUCCUGCAGUGAACUUGGCCAUGAUUGGUUGUAAAUUGAUCGUGUGACUAAUCCUUCUUGGGAGACAACAGGGCAAAACAAAAUAAUUUUUUUUUAAAGAAACAAUUAUACAGUAUGCAAAAGUAGCCAGUAAUAUACUCAGCUGAAGAAACUAAAUGAAAAGAUAAUGUUUAUCUUCACAUAAUAUUUUAAG